AUGUGCAUCACAUUCCUACUUCCAACGGACAAGGGAGAUCGUAUUUCAUUUGGCAUCACGAUUCUGCUGUCCAUGGUUGUGUCUCUGGUCUUCAUCACUGAUGUCUUACCAGCCAAAGGGUCCAUGCCUGUUGUAGCGAUCCUGCUUGUCCUGUACAUGUGCAUGAUGGGGACAUUCAUGCUCAUCACUGUUAUCGUCAUCAAGAUCAGCACUUGGGAAGGAAAUCUUCCCAUUCUUAUCAAGAAGGUCUUCCUCCGGUACGUCGCGAAGAUUGUCUUACUCGGGGAUUUGACGAAGCAACAACGCCCAGCUCAAAAGUGUGUCCUUGAAGUAAACUUGGAUGCUGAGAAGACGAUCAACGAUGAAGAGAAGAAAAUAGGUAAACCAACUCCGGCUGAACCCAACAACCAAAUGGAACUGAUGCUCUCCCUGAAAAGCACCAUCAGCGCCCUCGCUGAUGCCGUGAACACCCUCGCGAUCUCAGGAACAUCCAAGACUCGUAAGAAAGACGAAACGAAGACGGACUAUCAGAACUUGGCCAGGGUCUUAGACAGGAUGUGUAUUGUUCUCUAUAUAUUUUCCCUCGUCGUCUCUAUUCCUAUCAUCAGGUUUGCUGCAGGUAACACAGAAGAAUGA